UUGUCUUUUUUUCGAAAGUAUCUUCCUGUACAUUUUCAGAUUGAGGGUUACUGGAUAGAGCGUGGUCUAAAUCUGCCCGAAGAUGACCCAAAUUAUGUGGUCACUAAAACUGUGAAAGCUAAUCUGGCGGAGAUUGCAAGGAUCACGUCAAGUGGCAGGUUGGUUGCGUCACUUUUUCACUUUGAGUGGAGAAUCGACAAGUGGAAAGUCUUACAAGGAAGUGCGGAUUACCACCAUUCUUAUUUAGGGUUCACUACUUAUCUCUUCAAAUUUAGAUUUCCCGUAUUAUUAGAAGGAGAAACAAGUGCAGGGAAAACGUCUAUCGUAUGCCAUCUUGCUCGAAUCACGGGCAACGCCAUAGUACGGAUCAACAAUCAUGAGCACACCGACGUUCAAGAAUACAUGGGAUCAUACGUAGGAGACGCUGCGGGACGGCUAGUUUUUCGUGAAGGAGCCCUAGUCAAGGCUGUAAGAGACGGUAGCUGGGUAAUUCUGGAUGAGCUAAAUCUCGCACCCACUGACAUUAUUGAAACGUUGAACAGACUACUUGACGACAAUCGUGAACUUUUUGUACCGGAAUUGAAUGUGGCAAUUAAAGCGCACCCAAGGUUCCGUCUUUUUGCCACUCAGAAUCCAGCCGGAACUUACGGAGGUCGCAAGCGUCUUUCACGUGCGCUGACGUCUCGAUUUGUGGUGCUGAGAUUCGACCAUCUACCGCUGGAUGAACUGUCCUCGAUGGUUUGUGUUCGUUGUGGAGUGCCUACAUCAGCCGCUACCAAAAUGAUCAAUGUGCUUUCAAAACUUCGAUUGAAACGCGCUAUCAGUGGUCUUUUCUCAGCCAAAGAUGGUCUUAUGACUUUGCGAGAUGUCUUUCGAUGGGCAAAGCGACUUGCCACAGACACUACCUGCGACGACUGGCUUCAGAUAUUAGCAAACCAUGGCUAUCUUCUCCUUGCCGGACGCUGUCGUAACCAGAGAGACGUGGAUUCUGUUGUAGAGACGUUAGAAAAUGAAUUAAAGCGCAAGAUUGAGCCAUUGAAGUUGUUUGCCAUCAAUUCUCCAUAUAUGCCCAGGGAUGCAAACAUAAAAAAUCUUGUAAUGACACUGGGAAUGAGAAAGAUGUUGGUAAUGACUGAACAGGCAUGGCUUCGUAAUGAAGCUGUGCUGCUGGUCGGAGAGACUGGAGGUGGCAAGACUAGUCUUGCUCAAGCGAUGGGAAGAGGAAAAUUAAUGACCAUUAAUUGUCAUGAAAGAACAGAGACUGCUGAUCUUUUGGGGAGGCUUCGACCGAGAGAAAACGGGGGGUGA